CUUCUGCAAGGAGGACAGUCGGAGGCAGCGGGAACAGGCGAGCGAUCCUCCGCGCGGUGCCCGUGCAAGUGGUCCCGCCCCCCCGGCCUGCGCUCUCCUCCUCUGCGGUCCCCUCUUCUCCUCCCACCUUGACGUCUGGAGCUGGCAGCCCGGCCGGUUCCGCAUUCCCGACCCCUCCCCGCAGCCCAGGGGCCGCUAUAUAACUGGGGCUGAUGCAACCCACCCAGCCGUCCGACAGAGCCUGCGGGAGGGACGGCGAGGGAGAGUGUCGACUGGCAGUGACGGCGGCGGGGGCUGCAGCCGCUCAGGCUUCCCCGGGGCCGCGGAGACACCUCCCGGGACCGGACUGCGCUCGGCACGACGGGCCUGCAGAGACAGGCCGACAGCCGCUCCCGGAGCUGGGCGGCUGCAGGGGAGCUGAGCGCGCAACCCGCCUCCCGCUGCAGCCGGGCCCCGGGGGCACCUUUGCCGUCAGCUCGGCUGUGGGAUUGCAUAGCCUGCUAUGAUGCCCGGGCAGAUUCCAGAUCCAUCCCUCACAGCUGGCGCUCUGCCUGGCCUUGGCCCCUUGACAGGGCUGCCUGGUACCACCUUGACAGCAGAAGAGCUGAAGUAUGCUGACAUUCGCAACAUCGGGGCCAUGAUUUCGCCUCUACAUUUCUUGGAGGUGAAACUGGGCAAGAGGCCCCAGCCAGUGAAAAGUGAGCUAGAUGAAGAAGAAGAAAGGAGGAAAAGGCGCCGAGAGAAGAACAAAGUAGCAGCUGCUCGGUGUCGGAACAAGAAGAAGGAGAGGACAGAGUUUCUGCAGCGGGAAUCUGAACGCCUGGAGCUCAUGAAUGCCGAGCUGAAGGCCCAGAUCGAGGAGCUGAAACAAGAGAGGCAGCAGCUGAUUCUGAUGCUGAACCGACACCGCCCCACCUGCAUUGUGCGGACAGACAGCGUCAAAACCCCGGAGAACGAGGCCAACCCGCUGCUCGAGCAGCUGGAGAAGAAGUGAGAAGGGCCUGGUAGGCCAAAAGAACGUAGGCGGCAAAAAAAGAGAGACAAAAACCGGGGACCUUGGAGCGUCUCUCUUCCAUGUACUGUACGAAGGACUGCGCACCAGAGAUGGGUGCAACCAGAACACAGUGAGCUUCCUUGGGGAUUGCACACUCCAACCAAAUAGAGGGGAUGGAGGAGAACGACCACAACAGGAACGCUCAGAGGGGGAGCUGUGGCUGCAGUUGUAAGGCUCGACACAAGGGGGCGUGGCAGCUGCUGCUGCUGCGGAGGAGGAGGAUUUUCCAGCGCCCCGUCAGCUACCUAUUGCAGAGCAUCCCAAAUCUGGAAUGUGUUGAGGGUAGGGAUGCUGGGGGGUAGCGCUGUGGCUUCCCCGCCAUCCCUCUCCCUACAGCUCCUGGUUGGCAAUCAGCAUGGACGCAGGGUCUGAACACUAGUAAGAACAAGGGUAGAAGGGAGCUGGCAGUAGGCCGAGCUGCGCACGCCUCUGCUCCUUUGGGACCCUGCCUCUGCCCUCUGUGCUCCCCCCAGAAAGAAACCAAGAACGGCAAACACUUGACACAAGUCCUGCCUCAUCGCUGGGCCUGCCUGUGGCACUGUGGCGCAGGCGCCCCCACAAGCACACCCUCAGUAUAAUGUUUACAGCCCAGCUGUCCAGGCCAUGCUUUUAAAAAAAUGCACAUUUUUACACUUUUUUAUAUUUUUAUAAAGUUUUGUUUUUAUACAGCAGUCUCUAUAUGGAUUUAUAUAAUCACUAGAUGUGAUCCCAUAGAAAUGUAUGUUACUCUGGUCUCUUUGUUACAAAAUACAUAUGCCACAGUUAUCUCCAUUGUGUUACUUGUUUGGCAACGGGCCUUCUUUUCCAUCGGCAUGCUGGGAAAUGGGCCUGUGCCCUUCCCAUGGGCCUCACUGCCAUGUCCAUCCAUGUAUGUCCUCCUUCAUAGUACUCAGUCCUGUAUCUCUCAGUAAAUGUUAACUUUUACUUA